CCCGGGACCAGUUGUUCCCUUCGGAUGCGGACUGGGAAACCUGUAGGAAAUUCUCCCGCCGCGCUGCGAAGCCACCAUGAAUUCAGUGGCUGGAAAUAAGGAGAGGAUUGCCGUCACGGCGCGGAGCAGAAAAUACGGGGUGACCGACCCCUGCUCCCCCACCAAGCCCGCCGCCCCCUUCUCCCCCGAGAGCUGGUACCGGAAGGCAUAUGAGGAGUCCCGGGCGGGGAGUCGCCCGGCCCCGGAGGGAGCUGGCUCUGCCCUGGGCUCCUCCGGCACCCCGUCCCCCGGCUCCGGCACCUCUUCGCCGGGCUCCUUCACCGGCUCGCCGGGACCCGCCUCGCCCGGCAUCGGCACCAGCUCCCCCGGCUCGCUGGGCGGCUCGCCGGGCUUCGGCACCGGCUCGCCGGGCUCCGGCAGCGGUGGUGGCUCCUCGCCGGGCUCCGACCGCGGCGUCUGGUGCGAGCACUGCAACGCCCGCCUGGCGGAGCUGAAGAGGCAGGCGCUGAAGCUCCUCAUCCCUGGGCCCGUCAGCAGCAAGGACCCAGGUUUCUCUUCGGUGAUUCAUGACAAGCUCCAAGUUCCCAAUACCAUUCGUAAGGCAUGGAAUGAGAAGGACAACAGAUGUGAUGUUUGUGCCACACACCUGAACCAGUUGAAGCAAGAGGCCAUUCAGAUGGUGCUGACCUUAGAGCAAGCUGCCAACUCAGAACACUACGAUGCCUCACCAGGCUCUCCCCCACCUCUCUCCAAUAUCCCCACAUUAGUGAGUCCUCGGCACAUGGGCAGCCUGCAGCCCAGGGACUGGGCAUACAUGCCUGCUCCCUACGCUACAUCUAAUUAUACUGGCUUUGUUGCCAACAAACACACUGGCAAACCCAACAGUCUAGGAAUUGUCAAUGGGGUGGAGAAGAAAAAUGGCUCUCCUGGACACCAAGCCAAGGUCAGCUUUCAAAUGGCCACCAGUCCCAGCAACGGUAACGUUCUCAACUCUGUAGCAAUCCAGGCUCAUCAGUACCUUGACGGCACCUGGUCUUUGUCACGAACGAAUGGCGUCACUCUAUAUCCCUACCAAAUAUCUCAGCUUAUGACAGAGACUAGUCGAGAGGGCCUGACUGAAGCAGCAUUGAACCGCUACAAUGCAGAUAAGCCCUCCUUGUACAGCUUCCCUGCUUCCCACAGCACAUAUGUUGCCAGUGAAGUAUCCACAGGCACUUCGGUGGCAGCAUCAUUUUUUGCCAGAGCCGCUCAGAAAUUGAACCUGUCUUCCAAAAAGAAGAAACACAGGCCUUCUGCAUCAUCUGUUCCUGAAUCUCCUCUCUUCUCCACCAGCUUCAGUAGUAUCCUUCAGACUUCUCCACCCCCUGCACCACCAUGUUUGUUGAGGGCAGUCAGCAAAGUGAAAGACACCCCUGGUUUGGGCAAGGUCAAAGUCAUGGUGCGCAUUUCUUCCACCCUUGCCAGAGACACAUCUGAGUCCAGCUCUUUCUUAAAAGUUGACCCCCGUAAGAAGCAAAUCACGCUGUAUGACCCCUUGGCCUGUGGAGGUCAGAAUGCUUUCCAGAAAAGGGGCAACCAGGUUCCACCCAAGAUGUUUGCUUUUGAUGCAGUUUUCCCCCAAGAUGCAUCACAGGCUGAAGUAUGCGCUGGGACUGUGGCUGAGGUGAUCCAGUCUGUUGUCAAUGGGGCAGAUGGCUGCGUCUUCUGCUUUGGCCAUGCCAAACUUGGGAAGUCAUACACCAUGAUCGGGAAGGAUGAUUCCAUGCAAAAUCUUGGCAUAAUCCCAUGUGCCAUCUCCUGGCUCUUCAAGUUGAUUAAUGAACGCAAAGAGAAGACAGGAGCACGCUUCUCUGUCCGAAUUUCUGCAGUGGAGGUGUGGGGGAAAGAAGAAAAUCUGAGAGACCUGUUGUCAGAAGUGGCUACAGGAAGCCUGCAAGAUGGCCAGUCCCCAGGUGUCUACCUUUGUGAGGACCCCAUUUGUGGCAUGCAGCUCCAGAACCAGAGUGAGCUCCGUGCCCCUACGGCAGAGAAGGCUGCCUUCUUCCUUGACGCCGCCAUUGCCUCGCGUCGCAGCAGCCAGAGGGACUGUGAUGAGGAGGAUCACCGCAACUCCCACAUGCUCUUCACUCUGCAUAUCUACCAGUACCGCAUGGAGAAGAGCGGCAAAGGCGGAAUGUCUGGAGGUCGCAGCCGCUUGCACCUUAUUGACCUGGGUAGCUGUGUGAAAGUGCUCAGCAAAAACCGGGAGGGAAGCUCUGGCCUCUGUCUGUCAUUGUCAGCACUGGGGAACGUCAUCCUUGCCCUUGUCAAUGGAAGCAAACACAUCCCGUACAAAGACAGCAAGCUCACCAUGUUGCUUCGGGAGUCCUUGGGGAAUAUGAACUGCCGCACCACAAUGAUAGCUCACAUUUCAGCCGCUGCGGGGAACUACGCUGAGACGCUGUCCACCAUCCAGAUAGCAUCAAGGGUCCUCAGGAUGAAGAAAAAGAAAACUAAGUACACAUCGAGUUCUUCUGGAGGAGAGAGCUCUUGUGAGGAGGGCAGGAUGCGGAGGCCAACCCAGCUGAGGCCUUUCCAUUCUAGAAACACUGUUGACCCCGACUUCCCUAUUUUGCAUUUAUCAAGUGAUCCGGAUUAUUCAUCCAGCAGUGAGCAGUCAUGUGACACGGUGAUUUACGUUGGCCCCAAUGGCACUGCCCUUUCUGAUAAGGAACUGACAGAUAAUGAGGGUCCCCCUGACUUUGUUCCCAUAGUUCCUGCUCUGCAAAAGACCAAAACCGAGGGCAGGUUGGAGGAAGUUAGUGAAUCAGGACCCAGCACAUCUGAAAGAGACUGCCUGAAGUGCAACACCUUUGCAGAGCUCCAGGAGAGGCUGGAUUGCAUAGAUGGCAGUGAAGAGACAGACAAAUUUCCCUUUGAAGAGAUGCCUGUUCAAUUUAGCUCAGACCAGAUGUCUAAGUGCUCUGUCUCAAGCCAGCUGGCAGAGCUUAGCCACUUACCAGAGUCAGAUAAGGAAGAUACAAUGCCAGAAAGUCAGCAUCCUGAAAGAGAAGCCAAGGAAAAUAUAAAUGCAACUCCCAGCAAAACUAAGAGAAAUCACUCCCCUGUUCCUUCUGGAGCUCUUACUAAUGUUUCAACUCCUUCUUCUCCCAGGAGUGUAACAGGCAGCUCUAGUAAAGAGCUUAGCUCUUGUCAGUUAGCACAUAGCACCAGCUUGCAAAGCAGCAGAGAAGGUCUCAACACCUGUGGAUUUGUGGAAGGCAAACCUCGGCCAAUGGGAUCGCCCCGGCUUGGCAUUGCGAGCCUCUCAAAGACAUCUGAGUACAAGCCACCAACGUCACCUUCCCAGAGGUGCAAGGUCUAUACACAGAAAGGAGUCCUGCCUAGCUCCACUCCCCCCCCAGCUCCCCUGAGUAAGGAUACUGGGAUGACAUCUAGCGAAUCUUUAUUACAGCCAGAAAUCCGGACCCCACCUGUAGGCAUGAGCCCUCAGAUCAUGAAGAAGUCAGUGUCCUCCAGCAAUGGGGAUUUUGAAGAGACCAUUCUUGAUGAAAAUCAGCAACAAAGCAUUUCUCCAGAAUCCAAGAAGGAGAUUCUGAGCACCACCAUGGUGACUGUGCAGCAACCGUUAGAGCUGAAUGGAGAGGAUGAGCUGGUGUUCACCCUUGUAGAAGAGCUAACCAUUAGUGGGGUCCUCGACAAUGGGCGCCCAACCAGUAUCAUCAGUUUUAACAGUGACUGCUCUGUUCAGGCUUUGGCCUCUGGAUCUAGGCCAGUCAGUAUUAUCAGCAGCAUAUCUGAAGAUCUUGAAUGUUACUCCAGUGCAGCGCCUGUGUCUGAAGUCAGCAUCACACAAUUCCUUCCACUUCCAAAGUUGGGUCUGGAUGACAAAUCCCAGGAUGAUGGCAGCAGGCGCUCAUCCAUCAGCUCAUGGUUGAGUGAAAUGAGCACAGGGAGUGAUGGUGAACAGUCGUGCCACAGCUUCAUAGCCCAGGCGUGCUAUGGGCAUGGGGAAGCAAUGGCAGAACCCCCUGUCUCUGAGUUUGCAAGCACCAUACAAAGUGCCAGCAUGAUUUGCGUAAGUGACAAACAGAAGCCAGUGACUGACAACAUGCUUAUACUGUCGGAAAUGGGGGAGGAAGCUUUCGGCAAAGUGCCACCCAUCAAAGGCUGUAAAAUAUCAGCUCUAGGGAAAACUACUGUCACAAUCAAAAACACCGCAAGCCUCAGCAGCUGUGAAGGCUACAUCCCAAUGAAGACAAACAUUACUGUGUAUCCAUGUAUUGCCGUUAAUCCCUUCAAAGCACAAGACACUGAUGAUGCUGUACCGGCAGUAACUGCAGACCCAAAGGUUGCUCAUCCCCAUGACGGGAAAGAAUCCAGUGCUAAGAAGGAUAUAAAAUUUGAAGACCCUUGGCUGAAGAGGGAAGAAGAUGUAAAAAAGGAUAGCUCUGGGAGCAGUGAUGGGCCAAGGCCUGACACAGCUGCAGUUUCAGCCGAGCCCGAGCACAGCACAAAGCAGUACUCAGCGGACAGGUUUAGCAGCAGCAGCAGCAAUGGGGACACCUCUAUCUCCCCAGGAUUUGACAGUCUGAAGAGGAUUGUGGAUGGGUGUGAGGUGGCAGCAUCCAGCUCUGCAACCCAAAGCCCUGUUCAUUCCAGUGACGGCUUGAAGAAUGGCAGCCUCCCUCGAGGGCUCCCAAAGGCAAGCAAGCUGGAGGAGCCUGACAGUCACCUCCAUCCUACUGCCAUUGACACCAGCGGAGUCAGCUGUCCUGCCCUCCCCCAGUUUUCUAAGGCUAGCCUUGACAAGAAAAUGGCCUCUCCCAAACACUGUGUCCUCACUCGUCCCAAAGGGACCCCUCCUCUGCCACCGGUGAGAAAGUCAAGCUUGGAUCAGAAGAACAGAGCCAGCCCCCAGCACAGUGCAGCCAGCAGCACCACGAGCAGUCCCUCCAGCCAGCCCGGGUCCUUCCUGGCCAGCUUCCCCGAGGAGCUGAAUGCCAAACAGAAGGGCCCUGGCAUCGACAGCAGUAGCAACAACAGCAGCAGCAAGCUCUUCAGUGCCAAACUGGAGCAGCUUGCCAGCAGGACCAACUCCCUCGGGAGGUCCACAGGAAGCCACUAUGAGUGUUUGUCGUUGGAAAGAGCAGAAAGCCUGUCCUCUGUGAGCUCCAAAAUGAGCCCUGGCAAAGACACCACCAUGCCUAGGGCUGGAAGGAGCCUCAGCCGCAGUGUCAUGUCCUCACCCACGAACUCGGGCCUCUCCCAGUCUGCAGGUGCCUCCCCGAAAGCCAGCCAGUCAAAGAUCUCUGCAGUCAGCAAGCUCCUGCUGGCAAGUCCCAAGGCCCGCAGCCUGUCUGCAUCUGCCACCAAAACGCUCAGCUUCUCAACCAAGUCUCUGCCUCAGUCUGUAGGGCAGAGCUCCAGUUUGCCUCCGAGUGGGAAGAACAUGUCCUGGUCAACACAGUCCCUCAGCAGAAACCGGGGCUCCAGCCUUGCUUCCAAAUUGCCCCUUCGGGCCGUCAAUGGGCGGAUUUCGGAGCUGCUCCAAGGGAGCACCAGUGCCAGAGGCUUACAGCCGCGGGGAAGCUCAGAGGCAGAUGAGCGUGGGGGCGUUCCCGGAGAUGAGAAGCCAACCGUUCACAUGCUGCCUUCACCUUACAGCAAGAUCACCCCUCCUCGGAAACCUCACCGCUGCAGCAGUGGUCAUGGGAGUGACAACAGCAGUGUCCUGAGCGGGGAGCUGCCCCCUGCAAUGGGGAAAACAGCCCUGUUCUACCACAGCGGGGGGAGCAGUGGCUACGAGAGCAUGAUGAGGGACAGCGAGGCGACGGGGAGUGCCUCUUCAGCUCAAGACUCCAUGAGUGAGAACAGCAGCUCCAUGAGCGGCAGAUGCCGAAGUCUCAAAAAUCCAAAGAAACGAUCAAAUGCAGGUUCACAGAGACGGAGGCUUAUUCCAGCUUUAUCACUUGAUACCGCUUCUCCAGCAAGGAAGCCUGCCAACAGCCCCGGGGUCCGCUGGGUGGAUGGACCCCUGCGAAGUGGGCAAAGGGGGCUGGGGGAGCCCUUUGAGAUCAAAGUCUAUGAGAUAGAUGAUGUGGAGAGGCUCCAGCGGCGACGAGGUGGGGACAACAAGGAGGUGAUAUGUUUCAAUGCCAAGCUGAAGAUCCUGGAGCAUCGCCAGCAGAGAAUUGCUGAGGUCAAGGCCAAGUACGAGUGGUUAAUGAGAGAACUGGAGGUGACCAAACAGUACCUGAUGCUGGAUCCUAAUAAAUGGCUCAGUGAAUUUGAUCUGGAGCAGGUAUUUGAGCUGGAUUCUCUGGAAUACCUGGAGGCCCUGGAAUGUGUGACUGAGCGUUUGGAAAACCGUGUCAAUUUCUGCAAGGCCCAUCUCAUGAUGAUCACCUGUUUUGACAUCACCUCUAGACGCCGAUAAAGUAUGAACCUCAAGAGAAUUUCAAUGCGCAUCUCUGCCAUCCUCCUUUUCCCUUCUGAAUAGCAUCCCAAAGACAACAGAAUGAGGAUGAAGGUUGGAGUCAAGUCUCAACUGUGCGUAUGAGAGAUUUGCUAUACUAUACAGAAGAGUAGUAUUAAAAAAACCCAGGACGAGCAUGAAAAAUGGAGAUAUAAGGCUGUUGAUUCUCUUAGCCUAAGAGAGCACUUUGAGGAACCUUUAAGGACAUGUCUGUAAAUAAGAACUGCUGGCAGAAGACACUUCUUUCCCUGCAUUAGCUGAGGGAGGAGGAAGGGUGGUUGUAGGACUUCCAUUGAGAGGUUCAUUAAAAGAAAACCUAUCCAGAAAAACUGUUUAAGUGCCUUGCAAAUCUUUAUUAUCCAAACAUUUAUGUUCAUACUUUAUUGUGUACAGACGGUGCUAGUCAAGAAAAGAAAAACGAAAAAAACAAACACACUUUUGAAAUGUAUUUACAGCUUGUUUUUCUCUUGGUGUUUUCUUCUAUUUCAGACUUGCUGUUUCUAAGUAACUUGUGUUUGUAGAGAUAUUUCCUAAUCAGUACAACAUAUGAAUAAAUGUUAACUGUCUUUUCUUGUUACCAGAGUAAGGGCACUCAAAGAGAAAUUCAACUUUCCCAGAUGACACAAAAAAUCUUUCUAGCAGUGAGUGAGAUUUGCUUAUAUGUUCUUCUGUACUAUCUUGUAUUCUGGAGGACACAGUAAUUUUCCCAGCCUGUUCUGCAGUGUAUGAGAGAGGAGAGGUGACAUUACCAUGACGUAAAUAUGUUUUCCAUUUGAUCCAACCGCCGUAACUUUUUUUUUUCAUGUAUUUUUAGCUUCGUACUGGCUAGAGUUAUGGAUGAGGAGGCACUUUUAUCCUGACCCCUUUUUCUGAUGCUAAUAACUUUUUGCAAAAUUGCUCUUUAGGCUGAGAGCUCCCAUGCUUAUCAGUCCGAAAAUGAGUGAUUUAUUCUGUCAUUUUUUCUUGAGACUACGAUUGAUAAAAUUUAGCUUCACCUCUUUUUGACAUAUACCACUGCAAAACAAGUUUUGGCAGCUUUUGGUCCCUGGCCCAGUCUGUCCAUAGUCACAGACAUACCUGAGAAGUGCAGGCUCUGCUCAGCUCAGCACGUCUGGAAAUAAACGGGAGUGGUGAGUGAGCGGAUAUAGCACUUCAGGCAUGUUGCCUAUGGCAUUUUCCUUAUCAACCCUCCAGUAUUGAAGCCAUGGCAAAAUUCACAUUGACAUCAAAAGGACAAGGGUCUGCACCUCAGUGCACAUCCAAACGUACUUGCUUGCCUCUGUCUACAAAGCAGUAUGUGGGAAGGAACGUCCAUUGUGUUUCUUAAAGAAAUGUGUGAAAUCUGCAUUUUAAUUAUGUAUGAGCACGAAGAAUUAUUUUGCUGAAUUAGGUUUCUUCUCCUUCUAUAUUGAAGUAAGCCCAUUCACAAAAAUUCCUCUCUCACAGACACUUGUGCUACCCUCCUGUUCGUUAUGAGAAAAUAAGAGCAUCAUUUAACAUAUACUCAAUAUGCAUCAAUUUACUGCUGUACUUAAGUGCAACUCUUCUUUUACCUCUACCAUCAUAUUAAUGCCAUCUUACAACAUCCCAAGCAGCAAGUCUCAAUGGAAAAAUAUCCCUACAUUAAUGCUGAUAGAUUUUCUAGUGGUUAGCUGAAACAAAUGGUUUUUUUAAUAGAAAUAACAUUUAUAUCGUUUUAUUUUCUUUUAAUACUCUACAACUUGUAAUAACAAAUCUUAUUCAUUUUAUUAGCCUUGUCACUGGAUUUUGUAGAAGAUUCUUCUUACAUUCUAUAGGGUUAUUUGGAGGGAAAAAGUCCUAUAUGAAAGUUGCUUUCUAGUCUGUUCCACAGCAGUUUCCUAUCAUGAAACUCAUAUUCCAAGUAAGUAUUAAAGGCACAGGUCUGAUAUCUCUCUCCCCUUCUCUCUCAAGGCAAAAAAAGCUCUGUCAAAAAAUCCCAAACAAUGCGAUUUCUGUAGCUUUGUUUCUCUUUGUAAUGAUUUCAGUAGCGCUUGUUACGUAUUGGUUCUUUUGAAGCCAUCUCUUCUCCACAAAGCCCCAUGAACUCAGUACACUCCACAGAUCCAUGGGAAUCGCCCCUGCAGUUUUGUGCUGGAUGAAGACCUAGUGCCUUUGGGAUAUGGAAUGCUUCUCUCUUUAUGGGCUUAGUCCUGUGGAGCCCCAGAUACACGCUGCCACGUCACAUACACACAGGAGAGAGACUUUCACAGCCAGCUCCCAUCUCUCUUGCCUGCAUCCCCAGGUAGGCCUGUACCCCUCUCACCCGUGAGACUGCACUAAGCCUGUUUCCCAGGUCAUGCCCCCACAUUUAAGAAAGAACCACCCGCAACCCAAGUUGUGCACAUGGAAUUAAAUGUUGCCUUCUUUAAGCUUAAGCAUUUCUGAAAAUGUGUUUGCUGGAAGGUGGUCAUUGGGUAAUUGGGAUGCGUUGUCCUUCCUCCGCUGAAAACAAGCAGCCCAAAAUGGGUGUGCUGGGCUCCCUAGGAGCUUGCAGUGAGAUGAUAAGUGAAAUCCUAGCAAAUGGUUCACGCACAGAAUGCAUUAUUAUCAAGAAAUGCCCUCACACAUAGUCUGGGACUUACACAGAAGUGCUGAUGUUUCUAUAAAUCAAGUGGACACAUUUCAGAGCUAUUAUAAAAUAUCUAUUACGUGUAAUAUUCCUCAGCAUCAUUAACUCAAUUAGUCAUUGUCUCUAGAUUUGGUACUUCUGUAGAUUAGGAAGCAUAGCAAAAAGUGCAUUUAUCUAGGCACUGUUUUAAAAAAGUGAGAGCGUACGUUUGCCCUCUUUAUCACGAUGGACCAAAAUUGUUCCUGAGGCCAAAUGGAUUAUGCCAAGGAUGAAUUUGGCACACUGAAAAUACUAACUGAGAAGAAUCACAGUCCUUACAAAUAUUUUGUUUCUGAGGACUUAAUUAGCCUGGCCGUUAACACUCCCAUCAUAUGCUCGUAUUCAUAUCCUAAAAUCCAUACUCGUCUUCUCUUUUUUCACUUUCUGUCAGUGCAUUUCAGAAUUUGCAACUAUUUUGGGGAAUUGUGGUGGCUUAAUGCAUAAAAGGGAAUGAAAAUUCAUGGAGAUUUCACACCUGCAAAAUGUUUUCUCAUUGAAAAUAGCUUUUUACUUCAGAAUUUAUAUUUUUAUACUUCAAAUAUCUGCAAAACAGAUAAUUAAAAGCAUCAGGACCUUAUUAUGAAAUUGAUCACAGAUCAAUUGAUCUUAGUUUAAGAUAGCCAGCACUAUAGACAAGAUAGCCAGCACUUUAGAGAAGACCCAUACACUUCUGCAAGUCAUCCAGGAAGUCCCAUUCUUUAAGCAAUUGCAGGGUAAUGCUGUUUUUAUCCUGAUAUUUUAAAAGGCAUCAAGUUGCCUAAAAGACUCAUAAGCAACAUGAAUAGACUGCUUAAUUGUUUCCACAUUCAGAAAUCAAUCUUACUUCCCUGGGACAGCUUUAGUAGGAAACAGCAAUGUUAAUGUAAUUAGGUUUGAAGGUUAAUUCUUUGUUCGCGUGUGUGUAACAGGAGAUCCCAGUUCUUCAUUGUCAGGUUGUGUCACGGCUGCAGAAUGCCACCACUGCUCCGCAUCCCCACCGCUGUGCUCAGGCAUGGGCAGUUCGGGCCUCAUUGUGAAAACUGCUCGUCUUGGCAUACAUGAACUUGCUUUAUAGCCACAAAUUCAAGUCAAACCUUAGACUGGAGAGUUUGGCUGCGAUCUGGAUUCAGACAUCCCACUGGUCUGCGUGAGCUCUUGGAGCGGGCAGAAAGCCACGGGUCACACACCCAUUGACUCCGGAUGCCGGGUCACUUCGUAUUCUAGAGGGUAUGGGAGAGCCCUAAUUUCCGGUGUGUUUGUCAUAAUGACACGUGUCUUUUCUCUUGCCAUGGAUGCCUUGUAUUUGCCUCAAAACAAUUUCUCGUCAACUCAUUCAGAACUAAGCAAUCAGAAGUAGUAUUUCACAGAACGUCAAGGAAGCAAACCGAUAUCCAGGCCCUCCUUUCUUAGCUCUUUACUGGGCAUGUUCUCAUCUCGCCUGUGCUGGUAUAAACGAGGCACAAUUGCAUUAAGAGUCAGGAGAAUUAUAGCAGAGUAAACCCAGUUGCAUGGAAAAGGAAAAUUCAUCCAACUGCCAUUUCUGGGUAUUUAGUGCACUGCUAGUUAUAUAGCCAAAGAAUGUGUUCCUCUUACCUGUUUGAUACCCCCUCAUUUUGCCCAAGGGCCGUGCACAGGGCUGUCACUGAACAUCUGCUGGCUUCGAUCCAGCCUUGGAAGACUCCCACGGCCAUACAACGUAACUUCUGAAACUUGCAGCUACAGAAAAUAGUAACCGUUAAAGAGCGAUGUCAUGAUCCUCUGACACAAAGCAAGCUCAGUGAGAGCUGCAGAUAAUGCACAGAAAAGGAUGAAAGGUACACACUGAUAUUUUUUUCUUUCAUCUCUGAACAUGGCAAUUACAGAGGCAGAAAGCUGGGAGUGAUGCUGGGAGUAAUGCACAUCAAGUCCAAGCUUGCUCACAGGAUAGACUCAGUACCUCUUAAAGUGUUUCGGUCUUUUUCAUUUAUCUCGAUAAUACAGUUUGUCUUAAAAUAGUGACUAUUACCUGUGCAAUGGAAUUCAAAUUUGAUGACAGAUGAAGUAUCUGGACUCUUUCACAAACAUUGCUGUUUACAAAUGUAUAUACAUACAGAAAAAAGUAUACAUACACAGCCAGAGACACUCCCCCCACCCCACCCUCAUUACUGUGGGGAGGUAGAGUUCACAAAUGGAAGCAAUAUAGAAUUAUGGAAUCGUAGAAUAGUUUGGGUUGGAAGGGACCUUUCUUCAACUAGAUCAGGUUGCUCAGUGCCCCAUCCAACCUGAUCUUGAAUGUUUCCAGGGAUGGCGCAUCUACCACUUCUCUGGACAACCUGUUCCAACGUUUCAUCACCCUCAUUGUAAAAAAUUUCUUCCUUAUAUCUAGUCUGAAUCUACCCUCUUUUAGUUUAAAACCAUUACCCCUUGUCCUACCGCAACAGGCCCUGCUAAAAAGUUUGUCCCCAUCUUUCUUAUAAGCCCCCUUUAGGUACUGGAAGGCUGCUAUAAGGUUUCCCCGGAGCCUUCUCGUCUCCAGGCUGAACAACCCCAACUCACUCAGCCUGUCCUCAUAGCGUAGGUGCUCCAGCCCUCUGAUCCUCUUUGUAGCCUUUCUCUGGACUCCAACAGGUCCAUGUCUUUCCUAUGCUGAGGGCUCCAGAGCUGGAUGCAGCACUCCAGGUGGGGUCUCACCAAAGCAGAGUAGAGGGGCAGCAUCACCUCCCUCGACCUGCUGGCCACGCUUCUUUUACUGCAGCCCAGGAUGCGGUUGGCUUUCUGGGCUGCAGGUGCGCAUUGCUGGCUCAUUUCCAGCUUUUCAUCCACCCGUACUUCUCCUCAGGGCUGCUCUCAAUCCAUUCAUCCCCCAGCCUGUACUGAUACUGGGGUUUGCUCUGACCCAGGUCCCUCUGGAUGGCAUCCCUACCCUCAGACGUGUCAACUGCACCACUCAGCUUUGUGUCAUCUGCAAACUUGCUGAGGGUGCACUCGAUCCCACUGUGUUUGUCAUUGAUGAAGAUAUUAAACAAUGCUGGUCCCAAUAUGGACUCCUGAGGGACACCACUUGUCAUCGAUCUCCAUCUGGACAUUGAGCCGUUGACCGCUACUCUCUGCAUGUGACCAUCCGACCAAUUCCUCAUCCACCAAACAGUCUACCCAUCAAAUCUGUAUCUGUCCAAUUUAGAGAGAAGGAUGUUGUGGGGGACAUCACUCCCCUUCCUCCUCCAAGGAGUACCUAUAAAACCUUCCUCCUUGCAUUCACCAAGAUGAAGCUGACUUAUGCCACACUAUAGGGAAAACUUAUGCUUGAAACACUUUUGAAUGCUUCUUUUAAAGGACUUUUCUUCCCCAUGUUCUUCAGCUUACAAAGCCAAGUUGCUGCAGUUCCUAUGUAGAGGCUGUCAUUGAAACAUUAAAGCCUGUAAAAGUAAUCCAAAUGAACUACUCUGUAUUUCAGGGUGUCAUGAAUUUAAGGCAAGAUGUCUUACAAUCAUGGCUGUUAAAUACAACAAUUUCCGCAUAUGCAUGAGGCAUACAGCAUAGUUACAUCAACUGAAAGCCUGGACUCUUAGCUCCCCAUGAGAUAAAGCUUUCUGUCUUGUCCUAAUCGUUUUAAAAUUGUAACUUUAAGCUUCUCCAAUUCAAAGCACUGCCUGAAGUAAAUAUGAUUCUCAUAAACCAGCGUUUGAGUGACCCUCGUCUGCCAGUCCGUGUGGGAGGGAUGGUUGCACAGCAUCAGGGAUGCACCAGCUCACUGCAGAGAUCAAAGCAUUUGUAUCACUAAAUACUGAUAGGAGGAGAUGAUGACCAUACAGACAGGUGCUGUUUCUCAGAUCCACUGAUGAGUGACAUACCUUGCUUAAUCCUGAUGUCCUCACAGUCUUUGUUUUGUAACUCCAUAGGCUUUUGCAUUGGUGACACCCAGCAGUUUUUGGAGCCACAAGGCUGGCCGGUGCUAGCUAUUGCAAGAUCUGAAACAGGUUUCCAAAUAACUAUGGCAAACAAAACUGUGAAUGAUUUGUCACUGCAAAGUUAAUAAUCUCUAUCUCUUGCAUUUAUUGUGCGCUCAUCCCAGGGUUAUCUGAGCUUCCAUACCUGCUCUUGGAAAUAAUAAACCAUUUUAUUAUUGUCUUUAUCUUUUCUUCUUUCUCGUUCUCAAGCAAGCUUUCGAAAAAAAAAAAGAGAAGAAAAAUCAGUUUCCCUUGAAAAUGUAGCACCCUUUUCCUAAUCCCAUUGAAGUCAAUAUGGAUUUUGCCACCAGCUUCACUGACAAGGGACUUGUGCUCACUUGUGCAACAUUUUGAAGCUCAGAAAGGGCGUGAUGAUUCUGCAAAGAAUGGAGGGGCUGAAAAUGAAACAGUAACAUUCGUCUAUAAUGUUUCAAACCACCUUCAAAACCCUCCUGGACAGGAAAUAAAACACAACCCAAACCAUCUUACUUUGAGUGGUCCUACUUAAAUAUUGAGCAAACUUUAUAAUAAUGGUAAUAAAAUGGUGCUUGAGGCAGUUUCAGCUAUAUUACAUAUUCUCUGUAUGCUAUAGAUAUGGAUGUAUUCACCCUCUAUAUUGUAUAUGUAUGUGUGUAUUUACAUAAAGCACACAUACAUAUAUGUUUUAUGUAUGCAUAGAUACUAACUUUUCUAAGUUUAACUUCUUUCCCUCUCAUAGCUGAAACUGCUCGUUACUAACAUCCACAUCAUAUUCUAUGUAUGAAGGAUAUAAUUUAUUUGUAAACUCAGGAUGUUCUUGUUUUAUAGAGUUGCUUGUAUUUUAUAAUUUAUUUACACAUCAUGGUUGGAAAUGCUUAUCUAAGUGCUAUGCAUUGAAGUGUAUGUUUGCUAAAUCCAUUUCACUCUGUCCGUGGCUAUGUUCUUUCUCAUUAGAACAGUGGUAUAAAAUAGGGCUAAGGAGGAGACAAACUGAUGGAUACAGAACUUAUGCUGGUCCCAGCAGUGGGUAAUUCCAGAAGUAGUGGAUAUAUAUAUAUAUUUUAUCAACUAAAUUUUACGGAAAAAAAAAAAAAAGGAAAAAAGAAAGAACAACAUGAGGACCAGUUCAAAAUGUGGAAAGUCACAGCCAUUUCCAAGUUGGUCAACAAAUGCAUUGAGCCUUUUGCCAUUAAAAUUGUACAGUUUAUUGUUUGCUGGCUAAAAAAUAUUCCUUUUGUGGUAUCUGAGGUGUGAAACAUUGUCCAAAAUAUGAUGUCUGGAAAAAAAAAA